GUGGGUUAUUUUAAAUUGAUGUAAAAAAAUUGUAGAAGGAACUAUAGGAAAGAUCGGAGAAUGAGUAGUGAAAGCAAAGCAGCAGAGUAUUUCUGCAAGGACUUUGAAUGGGAACAACUUAGAUCAGAAAUCGAAUCAAACCCUUCUCUUCGCCACCAUUUCGAUUCAUCAUCUUCUUCUUCCACGCAAUCACCUCAAUCAGACGUUCAAGCUUGGAAGCAAUUUCACACCCGUCACUCCUCCGGCAAAUUCUUCAAGGAGAGACGCUAUUUGCUAAAAGAGUUCCCACAAUUGCUUUCCUCUCCCCCAAAUUCUAACCCUAAACUCUUGGAAGUUGGUUGCGGCAACGGAAGCACCGUUCUUCCUAUUCUACGGGAAAACAAGGAUGUUAUUGUUUAUGCAUGCGAUUGUAGUGACGAGACUCUUGAUAGAGCUAAGGAAAUUAUAAAUGCAAAUGCAAAUGCAAAUGGAGUUGAUUCGUUUAAGCAUCGUUUUCAUACUUUUUGUUGCGAUGUUUCCACUAAUGGAUUCCCAAAUUGGUUGGCUUGCAACCAUUGCAGAGACAAUUUUUUGCAAAAAAAGUCAUGUUCUUUGUUAGAUGUCAAAGAGGAUAAUGGACUGAAUGUCAAGGAGCCGUGUUCAUCGGAAGGACUUGACUGUUGUGUUGGAGGAGUUGAUUUUGUAACAUUGAUAUUUACUUUAUCAGCAGUACCGUUGGAGAGGAUGCCAAGGUCCAUCAAGGAAUGUUUUAGUGUGUUAAAGCCCGGAGGCAUGGUUUUAUUUAGGGACUACGGCCUCUAUGAUAUGACCAUGCUUCGAUUUGAACCAGACAAGAGAGUGGGAUUCAGGGAAUACAUACGCUCAGACGGAACGCGGUCAUAUUUCUUUUGUUUGAAUACUGUCCGAAACCUAUUUUUGGGUGCAGGCUUCAUUGAGCUUGAGCUUGAUUAUUGCUGUGUUAACUCUGUGAAUCGCAAGAAAGGGAAGAGCAUGCAACGAGUGUGGGUUCACGGGAAGUUCCAGAAGCCUGCACUGUGGUAGUUUUCAAUGAUCUCUCUUGGCUGAGUUGUGUAAAAUCCCAUGAGUUCGUUAUUAGAAAGUGAAAUGUUUUGAUGUGCAGUGAAUGAAAUGUUAGUUAUCGGAAAGUAAGAAGAUAACUUUCCAAUUAGAACAUCUAUUUAUGAGUUUGUUUACAUUUGUUGAAUUGAAUAUGAAUUCUGUUGGGGUGAAAACACUACGGCGAGGUAACACUAUCGGUCACCAGAUCGGCGUGGUAGUAAAUGGACUGUCUACAUAGGUAUUACUCAUCCGUUUUAUUACAGUGCUAUUAUGAGAGACUAUUUUUGGA